AUGGAAAGGAUUAAUGUUAAUGAAAGAGGAGAGGAAUCGCCAUGCUGCUCAAGAAGCGAGAAUAUGGAAAAAGCAAAUUCGUUAAAAUUUCCACCGUUUAACCACUCGGGUGUUUAUAUAAUACCAUCGUUGAGUGUUAAUUUAUCAAUUGGGUUCAAAUAUGUACAAGUCGAAACACUUUCUGAUGAAACUUUGCUUCUUGCCGUUCAUGAAAAAUGUAAAGUUCGAGAUGUAUAUUUGUGUUGUUGUUCUCAUCUUAAUAUAAAAAACGAUCAAAUAUUAGGUUUGGCUUUAAGGAAUCCUUCAGAAGGAAUUGGUUGUAAUCACCCUCGAUAUGAAUAUUUUUUUCUUGAAUUCGAUCAGAGUAUUUCAAAAUAUGCUCCAAAACACUCGAGAUUCUCAUAUAGUCGUAAUGAUUUGAUUAAUAAUCGACCAUUUUUGAUGCUUUAUAUUCGCGUUCGAUUAUUUGUUGAUAUGGUUCAGUUAAUAAGAUGUCGUAACACCCUUGAACAAUAUUAUUUGCAAUUACGGCAUAACCUUUUGGAUCAGUGGUCUGCUUCGAAUUCGGUACCAGAAGAGAGGUGUUGGGAAAUGACUGCACUGGCGCUACAAGUGGAUCAGAACCGAGAGGAUAUUAAGAUUGAACAGUACUUCCCUUUAUGGGUGAUAAACAUUCGAGGAUUUGAUUUUAUUCGUCAAAAUUUGGCGAAGAUUCAGAAGCAUUUCAAAAACAUAUCGAAGAUUGGAUCUAUGCAGGAAUAUUGCCAACAAGCUUCCCGGAGUCCAUUUGCUCUAAACUGUCAUUUGUAUGGAUUAAGAAGAUCUAAAGCCGAUGUUGUUGAUAAUGCUGUUAUCGGAAUCACCCCAAAGGGCGUUGAUAUCUGUGGUGUUGAAAAUGAUGGUGAACGAAUAUUGCUGCAAAGUUUACAGUGGAGGAAAAUCAGUAAAUUAAGCUUUGAUAAGCGAAAAUUGAGCAUUGCGGGUGUUGGUAAUUCUUCAAGUAUUUCGCUUUAUGCACAAUCCGAAUUCAAAGCUCGUUAUAUACUUGAAUUCUGUCGAUCUUUCCAUCAAGCCACAAUUCAUAGUCACAGUCAGUUGCGCCUCGAUCAAUGUAAGCAUAUGAACACAUUUCCAAGAAAAAGAAAGCUACUUUGGAUGAAAUUCCGAAAGAUGCGUUGUCACAAAGGAAAGUUGGAAAACAAUUAUUCCACAUUAAGUAAGAAAAACCGUAAAUCAGUUUUCCCUUUCCUUCAAAAAACUUUUUUAUGA